AUGGCGGAUUUCCUGCCGUCGCGCUCCGUGCUUAAAGUUUGCCUUCCCGUGUGUCUACUCAACAGCGGCGAGGUGGAGCAGGUCCGCCGCUCCAAGGAGAUCGACCGGCGGCUCUCCCGAGAGAAAACCUAUGUCAAGCGCCUGGUAAAGAUACUGCUACUCGGUGCGGGCGAGAGCGGCAAGUCGACGUUCCUCAAACAAAUGCGGAUCAUCCACGGCCAGGACUUCGAUCAAACCGCCCGCGAGGACUUCCGUGCAACCAUUUAUAGCAACGUUAUUAAAGGCAUACGUGUGCUGGUGGACGCCCGUGAGAAACUGCACAUCCCAUGGGGGAACCCGAGCAACCAGCAGCUCGGCGACAAGCUGAUGGCGUUCGACACGCGUUCGGCCAAGAUGGCGCGCGGGCUGCUGGAGACGUCGGUUUUCCUGCAGUACCUGCCCGCCAUCAAAGCCCUGUGGGCCGACACCGGCAUCCAGCAUGCCUACGACCGCCGUCGCGAGUUUCAAUUGGGCGAGUCCGUCAAGUAUUUCUUAGAUAAUCUGGAUAAGCUUGGCGAGCCAAAUUACCUGCCGAGUCAGCAGGACAUCCUGCUGGCACGAAAGCCCACCAAGGGAGUCCACGAGUACGACUUUGAGCUAAAGAACGUCCCCUUCAAGAUGGUGGAUGUGGGCGGCCAGCGGUCCGAGCGACGGCGCUGGUUUGAAUGUUUCGACUCUGUCACCUCCAUCCUCUUCCUCGUAUCUUCCUCCGAGUACGACCAGGUUCUGAUGGAGGAUCGCCAGACCAACCGGUUGUGUGAGUCGCUCAACAUCUUCGAGACCAUCGUCAACAACCGCGUGUUCGCCAACGUCUCCAUCAUCCUCUUCCUCAACAAAACGGACCUGCUGGAGGAGAAAGUGAAGAGCGUGCCUCUCAAGGACUACUUCUCCGACUACAAAGGGCCGGAGCACAGUCUGCCCGACGUGCAGGCCUUCUUGGUGGAGCGCUUUCGAGCCAAGCGACGUGACGCCACCCAGAAGCCGCUUUACCACCACUUCACCACCGCCAUCAACACGGAGAACAUCCGACUGGUGUUCCGGGAUGUCAAGGACACGAUUCUUCAUGACAACCUCAAGCAGCUCAUGCUCCAAUGACCCUUGUGUGUAACCUUUAAAGGGGGACUCAAGAAGAAUCAUCCGGUAGAACGCAUCGGCUGCUUUUGUAAGUUAGUCGUGGAUUGGUAGUUCGCGGCGUGGGGCCGACCCGACCCUAAUGAGACGUCUUUUGGUUAGGUUAGAACGUUUCACACGGGGGGGAUCAAGAGGACGCUCGAAGGUAUCAGCUGCGUCGGUUAGUCUGUGUUUUUUUUUUUUUUUUUUGGGUCCGAGCACUGAAUUCAGGCAAGUAACUCAAUCAGUUGUUGCACUACCCCACCCCAAGGCCCCGUGUUACUUUGUGAGUAGAUGAACAGCAGUCCGUUUCUCCUGUAUCUUCCCGGUCUUGAUCUUCUCGCUCAUAAAUCUGCGAGGAAAAAACUGACUGAACCUGAUGCCUUGACAGAGACCAAAUUAUUGUUUAAAAUUCUGCAUUUGUGCCUGCAGUGAUUCCCAGCUGGUGUGCCUUAAGAGAUCAGGUGCUAUGCAGAAAAUUAUCCAGUUUCAAAAAUUAUUUAUAAAAUAACAUUCUGUGUUCAUUUAUCUAUGGCAGGUGAAAUAAUUAAAUGCUCUUACAGUUGAUGGCAGCAGAUGCAUAAUAAACCAGUGUAUCCGCUUUUUGUCACAUUUGUUUGGCUUGUUAUGUGACGUUUGACAAUGGCUCGAUAAAGAUGGGGGAACACUCAGUCAAUUUGCAGUGUUACCUGACCUUUAUUGAGCUAAUGCACAUAUAUUACAUUGUAAAAAUCUCACAUCGUACCAAACAAAUUUGACCAAAAGGAAUGGGCUCUCUUUUAAAUUUUUCUGUUACUUGUGUAUACCACAAGAUGGUGGAAAAGCAGAACUUUCUUUUAUCAAACAGGGCUAUGGCCUCUUUAAUUUAGUUCCUUGGCACCAAGAUGGUACCAAAAUGAUAUAUUACUUAUCAACAAAUAUACAGCUUUCUAUUACUAGCUAAUUCAGUAGUGUGUUGCCAAAUAACAGACACGAGCUGACACUUCUCUCAGGGUUGAUUUAAAAUUCAGUAAAUAAUUUCCAUUAAUGCUCCAUACUGUUUGUAUUCUUUGCUGAACACCACUAAUGUCUUCUCUGAGCUUCCCAGUUGCCCCCCCCCUUAAAAGACAAGCUUUUUGUUGUACAUAGCCCAAUCAUUUUUGUUGUAAAUAAUACCUAGUUUUAUCUUCUUGUAUGUAAAUGGUUCUAGAAACGUUUUUGUUUUAAAUCACUGCGUUUUCCCAAUAGUUUUUUUUUCUUUUCGGUUUCUGACACUUGUUCUCUGCCAUCUUUUGUUGGAAAUUAAUUGCCCUGUGUCAACUCUCAUGCCACUCUUUAUCUUUAUCAAUAAAACAUUUUUCUAAAGAAA